UGUUCAUCUGCUACUCUGCUCUGUGUCUCUCGAUUCGUGUGUUUAGUUUCUUCGCGUGCGUGUGCAAUUCUCAAUUUUAAUGUUUUGAUUUGUUUCGUUUUUGUUGCACCAACCUUUUUGCUUUUACUUCUGACAAGUUUUUCCGCUAUCCGGAAAAAUGCUAAAACCAUUCCCAAUUAUGUUGCUGCCACUUCUGCUGGCCACUGUACUAGUACUGUCAGUGUUAGCCGAUCCCGAUACCCAGGCUGCGGCUGCCUGCACCAGCCUCCCGCGGGCCGUCAUAGAGCGGCAUUUAUCCACCAAGACGCCCUAUAGGGCCAUAGCCAACUUAGACGAGACGCCACCGCAGUACGCGGGCUGCCACCCCACUCGAAUCUGGUCGGUCAUUCGUCAUGGCAGCCGCAAUCCCAGCAAGAAGGUCAUAUUGCGCGCCCAGCAGCGUCUCGUGGAGUUGCAGCAGCGGCUGCUCAGCCAGCCUCAUGCUAAUCUCUGCCCUGACGAAAUGCAGCAGCUGCGUGACUGGAGCUGGGCGCACCUGAACGCGGCCGAGGAUGAGAAGCUGCUUGUGGCCGAGGGUGAGGAUGAGCUGAUCGAGCUGGCCGAACGGAUGCAGCUGCGCUUCCCCUCGCUAUUGCCGGACAUCUACGACCCCGCCUGGUACUACCUGAAGUACACGGCCACCCAGAGGACGCUCAAGAGCGCUCAGAGUUUUGCGACCGGUCUGUUUGGUCGUCACCGCAUACAUGCGGUGCGCUAUCCCCCACCUGUGUAUCGAGAUCCUGUGCUUAGGUUCUAUAAACUCUGCGAUAGAUGGAGAACUGACGUCGAUAAGAAUCCCGAAACUUUUAUUAAUGCACGCCGGUUCAGCGAUGAGCCGGAGAUGCAGUCAGCAGUGGAGCAGGUGCGGAGCAGCACACAGUUGCCGGACCUCCGGCCCGACGACGUGGAGCUCAUGUAUAUGGUGUGCGCCUUCGAGACGGCCUGGCAGCGGCGGCGGCAACGCGCCUCCGUCUGGUGCAGCUUCUUCGAUGUGGCCAGCUUGCGGGCUCUGGAGUUUGCCAAGGAUCUGGAGUACUACUGGAACGAUGGCUAUGGCUAUGAGCUGACCCACCGCAUUGCCUGUCCGGCAAUAGCAGAUAUGUUUGCAGCCAUCGAUCCAGACGAGUACCAGCCACAGGCCCAGGCCAUGCCGCGUGCCAAUGCCACGUUUUACUUCACCCACUCGGGCACACUGCUGAAGCUGCUGGCCCAUCUGGGUCUGGCCAAGGACGAGGAGGCACUCACCCACAAGCAUUUCGGCAGCGAGCGUCUCUGGCGCACCAGCGAAAUCGAUGCCUUUGCGACCAACUUGGCUUUUCUGCGCUACGAAUGCGAGCAGGAGCCGCCUCGUGUUUUGGUGCUGCAUCAGGAGCGUGUAGUCCGGCUGCCUGGCUGCCCGCAAAACGAGGAUCUUUGCCCGCUUGCCACGCUGCGCCGCCUGUAUGCGCACAGCGUGGAGAGCUGCGACUUUGAGGCCCUCUGCCAGGCCAACGACGUUUAAUGAGGAGCUGCCUGCCAUCUGCCAUCUGCCAUCUGCCACCUGCCUGCCUGCCUGCCUGCCCAACUGCUGCUCCAAUGCUCCGCGCUGCUCGUCUGCUCCAGUGCAGAACUUUGUGAAGGGAUUCGUCGGAAUGUUUAGAAUUACUACAAAAAAAAAAAGAAACAACGGAAAUUGAAUGGAAUAGAUGCGAAAAUGGAAAGGAAAUGGAACCCCAAAUGUAGGGUUUAGUUUGUAAGAGCGAGCUGAGAUCACAGAGUGUGGAGUUCGGUCGGAGAUCUGUGUGUCGUUUUGUAUGCCUUAUAGUCAGUGGAUGGGAUUACAUUUAGUCUCAUUCAAGCACGAACGAAGAUAAGAACCAAGCGAGAGUGAUAGAGAUAGACAUAGACAUAGAGAGAGAGAGAGAGAGAGAGAGAGCAGGAGUAAGAGCAGGAUGGAGAGUGCAAGAGCAAGGGAUUCAGAAUAAACUUUUAGACUAUCCCAAAAUACUUUACCAUCUACCUACCUACCUAUCUAUCGAUCUAUAACUACUGUCUGUCCCCGCAGGCUGCCCUAAGAAUUUGGCAUUUCUCUUUAAUAAUUCUUUUUUUAACAAUUUUCUUGUAUAAUUUACUAAUUUUGUUGUUAUUGUUACACACAGAAGAAGAUCCUUAUUUUCCCUUUUGUAAAUAUAUAAAUAAUGAGAUGGCAUAAUUAAGUCUAGUAACCAUAAAACACACACACACAUACAUACAUAAACACAUAAACAAAUAUAUAAUUAGUUAUAGUCUAUAACAUGAUACAACAAGGAGCCAGUUAGUCCCCGCUUGGACCCCGCAGAAAACUCAUCAAAAAAAAAAAGGAAAGGAAGAAACUGUUGUUGUGCGCUAAACCUGUGUUAUAUGUAAGAAAUGUAAAGAAAAAUACGCGGUACAUGCAUCCGAAAACGUCAACAAACAAAAAUAGGCAUUGUUCCCCCCGCCCGGGUGAACAGUUGGAAGAGUCGAAAGGAAGAGUAGAGGCUGCUCCAACUGUUCCUCCACUCUGUACAUAGCACUUACAACUUUAAUCACCUUUGUCGUAAAUUAUGUUUGUCCUAAAAUCCACAAAAGCAGUACAACAAAAAUACAACUAACACAAUUCUAGUUUAAAGCUUAA